GGUGUGGAGUUUGCGCCAACGGCCCGACGAGCAACUGGCAAGCAGAAGCAGUCGGGCACGGGCUAGUGGGGUAAAGUGCGUGUUAGGUCGUGUGCUUUUGCACGACUGAAUUCCAUCUGCCGACCGAACAUUUAAACGAACUCAAGAAUUCAGUUGCUGAAAAAGUGGGCAUUUUCACGAAAAUGAUCAGCACUGACGGCUACAACAACGUCGACCAGUUCUCUGACGGUUACAUGGAGCAAGAAGAGGAAUGGGAACGCGAGGGUCUCCUGGACCCGGCUUGGGAAAAACAGCAGAAAAAGACAUUCACAGCAUGGUGCAACAGCCACCUCCGGAAAGCCGGCACCGCCAUCGAAAACAUCGAAGAAGACUUCCGCAACGGCCUUAAACUCAUGCUUCUCCUUGAGGUGAUUUCCGGUGAGACCCUGCCGAAGCCCGAUCGUGGCAAGAUGCGCUUCCACAAGAUUGCCAACGUCAACAAAGCACUGGAUUUCAUCGCCAGCAAAGGCGUCAAACUCGUAUCGAUCGGUGCCGAAGAAAUUGUCGACGGUAAUCUCAAAAUGACACUAGGUAUGAUCUGGACUAUCAUUCUUCGAUUCGCCAUCCAAGACAUCUCCGUCGAAGAGAUGACGGCGAAAGAAGGGCUGCUCUUGUGGUGUCAACGCAAGACGGCGCCUUACAAAAACGUCAACGUUCAAAACUUCCAUCUGUCGUUCAAGGAUGGGCUGGCCUUCUGCGCUCUCAUCCAUCGUCAUCGACCAGAUCUCAUCGAUUACAGUAAACUGUCAAAAGAUAAUCCAUUGGAGAACCUGAACACUGCCUUCGACGUAGCCGAGAAGUAUCUCGACAUUCCCAGGAUGUUGGACCCAGAUGAUUUAAUCAACACGCCAAAACCCGACGAGCGUGCCAUCAUGACUUACGUGUCAUGUUAUUAUCACGCUUUCCAAGGGGCCCAACAGGUAUCGAUUAACACCGCUAUGCCGGACGAAAGGGCGGUCAUGACAUACGUAUCGUCUUACUACCAUUGCUUCUCAGGUGCACAAAAGGCCGAGACUGCCGCAAACAGAAUCUGCAAAGUCUUGAAAGUCAAUCAAGAGAACGAACGUUUGAUGGAAGAGUACGAACGUCUGGCGAGUGAUCUAUUGGAAUGGAUUCGUCGCACGAUGCCAUGGUUGAAUUCCCGUCAAACUGACAACUCCCUCGCCGGAGUCCAAAAAAAACUGGAAGAAUAUCGUACUUAUAGACGUAAACACAAGCCGCCUCGCGUGGAACAGAAAGCCAAACUCGAAACCAACUUCAAUACUCUACAGACGAAACUGCGUCUAUCUAAUCGACCGGCUUAUAUGCCCACAGAAGGCAAAAUGGUUUCUGACAUCGCUAAUGCUUGGAAAGGUCUGGAAAACGCGGAAAAGGCGUUCGAAGAAUGGCUUCUCUCCGAAAUGAUGCGUCUCGAACGUCUCGAACAUCUCGCUCAGAAAUUCAAACACAAGGCCGACGCUCACGAGGAAUGGACUCGUGGCAAGGAAGAAAUGCUCCAAAGUCAGGACUUUAGGCAAUGUCGUCUCAAUGAACUCAAAGCUUUGAAGAAGAAGCACGAAGCGUUUGAAUCGGAUUUGGCCGCUCAUCAAGACCGAGUCGAGCAAAUCGCGGCCAUCGCUCAAGAAUUGAAUUCAUUAGAAUAUCACGAUAGCGUCAGCGUGAAUGCCCGUUGCCAACGCAUUUGCGACCAAUGGGAUAGAUUGGGUGCUUUGACACAACGCCGUCGACAAGCUCUAGACGAGGCUGAGAGGAUUUUGGAGAAAAUUGAUAUUCUCCAUUUGGAGUUUGCGAAGAGGGCUGCACCGUUUAACAAUUGGUUGGAUGGCACGAGGGAGGAUUUGGUGGAUAUUUUCAUUGUGCAUACGGUUGAGGAGAUUCAAGGACUCAUCGACGCUCAUUCACACUUUAAAGCUACUCUAGGCGAAGCCGAUAAGGAAUACCAAAGUAUCGUGGGGCUUGUAAGGGAGGUCGAAGCCAUCGUUAAACAACACCAAGUACCUGGCGGUUUACAGAAUCCUUACACUACCCUCACGGCCCAUGACUUGACUCGCAAAUGGGGCGAAGUGCGACAACUGGUCCCCCAACGCGACGCCACCCUCCAAGGCGAGCUUCGCAAGCAGCAAAACAACGAAAUGUUGCGUCGUCAAUUCGCCGAAAAGGCCAACGCUGUCGGGCCUUGGAUCGAGCGCCAACUCGACGCUGUUACCGCCAUCGGAAUGGGUCUCCACGGCACCCUCGAGGACCAAUUGCACCGUCUCAAGGAGUACGAACAGGGCGUCUACGCCUACAAGCCACAUAUCGAAGAAUUGGAGAAGAUUAAUCAAGCAGUGCAAGAAAGCAUGAUUUUCGAAAAUCGGUACACGCAAUACACUAUGGAGACACUCCGUGUCGGCUGGGAGCAGCUCCUCACGUCGAUCAACCGCAACAUUAAUGAAGUAGAGAACCAGAUUUUGACUCGUGACUCGAAGGGAAUCACUCAGCAGCAGUUGAACGAGUUCAGGUCGUCGUUCAAUCAUUUCGAUAAGAACAGGACUGGGAGACUUACACCGGAGGAGUUCAAGUCGUGUUUGGUGUCGUUGGGGUACUCUAUUGGGAAGGAUCGGCAAGGAGAUAUCGAUUUCCAGAGGAUUUUGGCAGUGGUCGAUCCAAACAGCACCGGAUAUGUUCAUUUCGACGCGUUCUUAGAUUUCAUGACGAGGGAAAGUACAGAUACUGACACGGCCGAGCAAGUUAUCGACAGUUUCCGUAUUUUGGCCGCCGAUAAGCCGUACAUUUUGCCUGAUGAAUUGAGACGAGAACUACCACCAGAUCAAGCCGAGUAUUGCAUUCAACGUAUGCCUCCGUUCAAAGGUCCAGGAGCCGUACCGGGGGCUCUGGACUACAUGUCGUUCUCGACAGCUUUGUACGGAGAAUCCGAUCUUUAAAAAUAAAAUUCAUGCCUUACCCCACCCCUUAUUUAUUUAUCUACGACAGACUGAGAAAUCGGUCUGAAACCGAGCAUCGAUUCAUUUUUUUUUCGCUUGGUAUAUUACGAUCAUUUUAAUUUUUAACGGAAAGUGGUUUGCCGUUUCUCAAUCAGUUACGUACUUUUUUUGCAAGUGCUCAGAUUUAUUUAUUUAUUUAAGGCUUCAGUUGUACAGUUUUUGGAAUAAAUGCUCUUUAUUAUACACGUAAAACUAAAAAAUAAGGAGCUUUUAUUAUGUUUUUGGUUGGAGUUAAUUUAUGGUUAUUGAAAUGUAAAAACUUUAUAUUUUUUUGCCCAAAGUAUACUAACAUUACGUAUAUCGAAUAAAUUUUAUUUGAUUUAA